AUGUUCAUGCGAAAGAGCACCAGCCUCUUGCGCCUUCCUUUCGUGCGGGCGAAGUCUGCGCUUGUCACCGCUGUGCCUUCCGACCCCGCGGCGUACGUUGCCAACAAGCUCGCGCAAUUCGAUGCCAUGCAGUUCACGCCCAUCAGGGAGAGCACCGUCAGUAGAGAGAUGACCCGGCGCUACAUGAGCGAAAUGAUCGACUACGCAGAGACGGAUGUGCGCCUUGAAAUGCACUUUUGGUGCAUCGUGGGUGCUGGCUCUGCUGGGCUGUCGUGCGCGUACGAACUCUCCAAGCAUCCAGAUGUGAAGGUGGCCAUUAUCGAGCAGAACGUGGCGCCGGGUGGUGGCUGCUGGCUUGGCGGGCAGUUGAUGAGCUCGAUGGUUGUGCGGAAGCCGGCAAAUGAGUUCCUGGACGAGUUGGAGGUCCCCUACGAUGACAAGGGCGACUAUGUUGUGGUGAAGCAUGCGGCUCUCUUCAUGUCGUCCGUCUUGCGCAAGGCACUGCUGGCUCCGAACGUGAAGCUUUUCAACGCAGUAGCAGUGGAGGAUCUUUUGGUCAAGCAGGAAGACGAAGGCGUUGCCGUGCGCGGCGUGGUGACCAACUGGUCCCUGGUGACGCAGAACCACGACACGCAGUCGUGCAUGGACCCACAGGUCAUGGAGGCGAAGGUGGUGGUCACCGCGACGGGGCACGAUGGGCCCAUGGGCGCCAGCUCCGCCAAGCGCCUGGAGUCUCUGGGAGCCCUGCCAUCUGGCUUGCCAGGCAUGGGCGCAUUGGACAUGAACACCGCCGAGGAUGCUGUCGUGCAGAUGACGAGCGAGGUGGUCCCGGGCCUCAUCUUUGCAGGCAUGGAGGUCGCCGAAGCGCGUGGCUGCAACCGGAUGGGCCCCACCUUCGGUGCAAUGCUUCUCUCAGGGCAGAAGGCAGCCAAUCUCGCUAUCCAGGCUCUGAGACGCUAA